AAUAUCUCCUCUUCAUUUUGUUUUUGUCUUUUUGUGUUUUUAUAAACACACUAUUUUUGUUGCAUGUGGAAAAAAAUGCCGUGUGAUCCAGGUCGAUCGUGCAGCCGAUCAUGAUUUGAAGUUUCGUUUUCUGCUGAGGUAGUCUGGUACCGAUCCCGAGGAGAAAAAUGGCUGAGACCUCGCUGAUUCUGGACCUCCACGCAGAGCUUAUGACGUAUAUCAAGGGAGAACUCGACCCGGAGAAGUUAGAGGAGCUUAAAGAAGUGGUGAAGAACAAAAGGAAAGUUACACGUUUCGAUAUAUCAAAAUGCGAUACAUUUGAGAAAGUUUGGGAGAAGCUUAUGUCGAGUAUGGCCAUUCAACACGGACAGUACAACUUUUUGAAGGAAGUCCUAGAGCAAAUCGAUAUGCGGGAGGUGAUACCGAGAAUAAACCACAUAGAAAACCAAAUUAGUAACAUUCGCAACUCCCCUGUGGCGAUGGAACAGCUGUAAAACAUCAUGUGACAGAAAUGUUUUAAACCAGGCUGGGCUCAUAUCCUUCUGGGAUGGCACAAUAAUAGACAAAUGCAUCACGGAACACAAGUUCAUGAAAAUCCACAAUCUUCACAACUACCACAACCUUCUAAGUAGAGUAGUAACGUUUAUAAAGAAGAAAUCCAUCAUCGCAAACUCGUGACCAGUGGUUUUCAAUAUAUUUCGCCUUCCGAUCUUUCAAAAUUUUGAAUAUUGCGUAAGGAGUGAGAAAGAAAACAUUCACUGCUUUAGAGGCCGAUUUAUUCAUGCCGAUUGAAAACGGUUUAUUCCAGAAAGCCUGUAUCGUUGACACAUUAGAAAAUGUGACUAAAAACGAAUGCAAGACUCAUGUCAGUGGGAUUGUACUAUGCCGAACAAAGAAAAUUAACGGAUUGUCUAUAAUUUGAAUCACAAUUAGUAAACAAUGUUAGAAAAACGUGGGGAAAAGAAUUUAGGCCUAGCCCCAUACACAGUCUAUUGUUUUAAAACUCAAUUCCAGAUUGCACCUUGGCCUAAUUUUUCAUUCUUUUACUGUCUUUUCGAAUAAAGGUACAGUGUAAUGAAUGAGUUUUCAGGUAAACCAUUGAUCAAUCAAAUAUCAACGUCUGGACAACCUCACAUUGGGGAGAGGGGUUAAGGGGUAAAUACCAUGUUCUCUGAUUGGUUUUGUAAAAGUAUUUAACAUUCUUGCCACCUAUUUUCAAUCUUCUGAGGCCAGAGGUUCUGUAUUGUUUAAAUGUUUGAUACAUGAUUGCAUUUGACAACCUGUAUGCGGAGCUUAUAAUAUGGGAUGUCCUCGUGAACACCGGUAGCAUAUCCUUUCUGUAAUAUAAUAGUAGGACCAUACAUUUCGGAGGUCCACAAAAGGGUACCAGUAGGACUUAGUAGGCCCUGGUCCCACCUUUAUUGUGACUUGUCAUGCACAAUCUGCAAAGAGCCGCUUCCCAUACCACCUUUGCACAUUGACUAACAAAGACAUCAGAAAUACCCACUGGUGUGGCUUACAGAUCUUGAGCCAAAUAACACUGUUCAUGGAGUAUAAAUAGCCAAUUAUAAUACAUGGAAUAUAUUGCACCUCAAGAGGCCUCUUGAAAAUGGCACCCGAUACCGAUGGUUGUAAUAAAAAUCAGUUGAUUGGUGUAGAGGUGGUCAUUGUUUUGUGGUUGAGCAUUAUAUAGGGGAGAUGGAGAGGGUCAAACCUAAUCCUUAUGGUUCGGAUUUUGAGACAAUGAUAUUUAUGGAUAAUCCCUAAAAUCAUAAGUUUCGAGACGGUCCUGCGGAAACCUGCCAUUUGGCUGCUUAUUCACACGUGCACAAGUGGGUGGAAAAGUCAAGUUUCAACAAUGCCUUGCUUAAAGGCCCCUGUUCAUUGUCAUAUCUUGACUCAGAUAAAUAGAAAAAAAUAUUGCCGUAGUGCAGUUGUUAUGCAAGAACUUUCGUUGUAACUUUACAAUUACAGUAUUAUAAUAUUCAAAGUGGCUAUUCUCACGACUAGUCGUAACUUAGGAUUUAUGCGAUUCCAACGAAGAAGGCAUUUAAAAGAAGUAUCACAAUGAUAUCAGUUAUUGUAAAUGUACUUAUACAGCACUUUUCACUGUAUUAUCCCAAAAGUGUUGUCUGUAUUGUCUCGAGUGCUUUACAAUCGCAAACAUUGGAGAACCAACAUGACUAAGGCAGCCACAAUCUAGCGCACGCAAGGAUAUUUCAGGACUUUUUCAUACAUGUACAUGUACAGUAUACCGUAAAUAAACCUCUUGUAUUUUAAUCACUUACU